GAGUCUACCGUGACAGCAUAACCCCAACUCUUAACGACGCAGACAAGCAUCGUGCUUGUGAAAAUUGGCGUGCCGCUAAAUACCGAAUAUCACAGGCCGCGAUAAAUCAAGCUCGCCAGCGAGAAAACAGGGCCUGGAAGAUCUUCCGGUCUCGGCCAGCCGAACAAACCCCUCCACCCCUCUGAAAGCUCGACAACCAAACGCAUCUACCUGUCCAACGCCUCGCUCGAGUCUGGCUUUGCUUGCAUGGCCAUUCCACAAUGUCGUCCACACACAUCCGACCGCUGCCGCCCUUGACGCCCGACCUCCACGAACGCGCCUGGUCCUCCACGCCCCAUCCCACUCUCCCGCUCCUCGCCACGGCGCACGCCAAGUCGGUCACGGUCUUCUCCCUCACCACCCUGACGCCGCACUCCAACCUCACCGGAGGACACACGCGAUCUGUGCGCGCCGCGUCAUGGAAGCCCAACUUGCCGCCCCACAAGCUGUGUCUCGCGACGGGCAGCUUCGACUCCACCGCGGGUAUAUGGCGAUGGGAGGAUCGCGGGGCCGAGCACGAAACGGAGAUCAGGAACGGAAGUGAUGGUGACGAGAAGGAAGAGGAGGACGACUGGGAGUUCACGCUCGUCCUCGAGGGCCACGACUCUGAAAUCAAGAACUGCAUCUUCUCCCCCUCAGGGGCGCACAUUGCCACCUGCUCACGGGACAAGUCCGUCUGGAUAUGGGAGGACAUUGGCGCCUCCGAGUCGGACGACGACUGGGAGACGAUUGCCGUCCUGAACGAGCACGAGGGCGACGUCAAGGCGCUCGCCUGGUGUCCCGACCUCCCCGGCCGCUCGAGAAAGGGUACCUUUGGCGUGGAGUGCCUCGCGAGCGCGAGCUACGACAACACCGUCCGCGUGUGGCGCGAGGACGGCGACGCCGAGUGGGUCUGCGUUGCUGUGCUGGAGAAGCACGAGGGCACAGUCUGGGGUGUACAGUGGGAGGGUCGACCGAGGAAAGGCGACAAGUUCCCCCGGAUCUUGUCCUUCUCGGCGGACGGGACCAUACGCAUCUGGACCCUGACCCAGCCGUCGGACGAGGAUGGCCAGGAGGACGGCGCCGGGCAGGGCAGAAACGCGCUGGGCGGCAUACCCAACACAAUGCGCCAGUCACUGCGGGAGGACUGGGUUUGCACGGCGACGUUGCCAAAGGUACACGAGUCGGACAUCUACGCCGCUACCUGGAGCGCCACAACAGGUCUUGUGGCCAGCACGGGGAGCGACGGUACCUUGGCCCUCUACAAAGAGAACGAGGAGACGGGCGAGUGGUCACUGCUCGUGUCCUUGCCGAAUGCACAUGGCCCGUACGAGGUGAACCACGUAACUUGGUGUCGACGGUGGGAUAAGGGGGUCGACCCGUCUAGGAGAGGCGUCGAGGAAAUGCUGAUCACAACCGGCGACGAUGGCCUCGUCCAGCCGUGGGAAGUCCAAGUAUAGAUAAAUUGGCUAACGGCUUUCAAUGAAAAUGGGAUGCAACAAGAUUUUCUGUCUCUAUUGAAACAUGGUGGCGUAGUGUCGGACGGGUCUUUUGCGGGUUUUGUUUCUUGUCACUUUGCUGA